GACACCCACGCACACUCGGCGCACGAUAGCACGUAAGCAUUCCCAGGGCGAUCCCCCACCCCUCUCUCUCUCUCUCUAAAACCCUCCCUAAACCCCACUUCUACUCCCAAAAGCCCAGUAAGCGAUGUCGAGGCCGCUGAAGCUGAUAAAGGCCAAUGCAUCCAACCCCAAGCUCUGGAUCGUGGUGGGGAUCGGCGUGGCGGGGGUCCUGAUCGUGGCGGGGACGCGGAGGCGGAGGCGGCGAUCGAAGGUUGUCGAAAGGAAGGAUUUCGGUGCUUUUGUGGAGAGAUUCGUCGUUCUCCCUUUCCCUCAGCCCCCACCUCCUGCCGCUACGCACCUUCUUGCUGGCCUCACCUUCGCCAUCAAGGACAUAUUUGAUUUGAAGGGUUAUGUGACUGGUUUUGGGAAUCGGGAUUGGGAGAGAGCGCACGAAUCUUCUGGGAAGACGGCGGUGGCGGUGACUGCUCUGUUGAAGAAUGGGGCUACUUGUGCUGGCAAGACUGUUAUGGAUGAAUUUGCUUUUGGAAUAACUGGGGAGAACAUGCAUUAUGGGACCCCUACCAAUCCACAAAUGCCAUCAUGUAUUCCAGGAGGUUCUUCUAGUGGUUCCGCUGUAGCUGUUGCAGCUGAACUUGUCGACUUUUCUCUUGGUACUGAUACGAUUGGAUGUGUGAGAAUUCCAGCAUCAUUUUGUGGUAUCCUUGGAUUUCGUCCAUCUCAUGGGGCUAUAUCAACAAUUGGAGUUCUGCCAAAUUCACAAAGUUUAGACACUGUUGGAUGGUUUGCUCGUGAUCCAUCUAUUCUACAUCGCGUUGGACAUGUUUUACUUCAACUGAAUUCAGUGGGGCCUAGAAGGGCAAGACGGCUUCUUUUUGCUGGUGACCUGUUUCAGUUUUCUAAGGUUCCCACACAAAAGACAUUAUAUGUUGUUAGCAAAGCAAUUGAAAAUCUUUCUGGGUACCAGCCGCCGAAGCACAUGAAUUUUGGUCAGUAUAUCGCUUUAAAUGUACCCAGUUUAAAAGGGUUUCGAGAACCAUCAACAAACUUGCAAAACGGGACAUCUACUUUAAAAGCUCUCUCUUCUGUAAUGGUUUCAUUACAAAGAUAUGAAUUCAAAUCAAAUCAUGAAGAAUGGGUAAAAUCAGUCAAGCCCAAGUUAGGACCUGAUGUGUCUGAUCGUAUUCUUGAAGCAAUUAAUACGUCAUAUGAGAACAUGAAAACUUUGUAUAAGGUCAGGACUGAGAUGCGGGCCGCGCUUCAAAAUCUAUUGAAGGAUGAUGGUAUAUUAGUAGUUCCCACAGUGGCUGAUCCUCCAUUAAAACUCAAUGUGAAGAAACAACUUUCUGCUGAGUUCCAUGAUCGUGCAUUCGCGCUAUCAAGCAUCGCUAGCAUGUCUGGGUGCUGUCAGGUUGCCAUUCCAUUAGGAAAGCACAAUGAUUGUCCAAUCUCUGUUUCAUUUAUCACUUUCCAUGGUGCUGAUAAAUUUCUUCUUGAUACGGUCUUGGAUAUGUAUUCAUCCCUCCAAGAGCAAGCCAGCAAUGCAUCUAAUUUGGUGCCGUUGCCAGAUACCAAUGGUAACAUAGAUGCUUCUCAACUCUUGAAAGAAAAGUUUAAGGGAAGGCAGUGGAAUAAGGCUGUCAAUUACUACACUGAAGCUAUCAAAUUGAAUGCAACAAAUGCGACUUACUAUUGCAACCGUGCAGCUGCUUAUUUAGAGUUGGGAUGUUUUCAACAAGCUGAAGAGGAUUGCAGUCAGGCAAUAGUACUUGAUAAGAAGAAUGUUAAGGCAUAUCUGAGGCGUGGAACAGCUAGAGAAUCUCUUCUCCGUUAUAAAGAGGCUGCUGAAGAUUUCAAGCAUGCUCUUGUACUUGAACCGCAGAAUAAAGUUGCUAGUCUUGCUGAAAAAAGACUUAGAAAGCUGAUGAGUUGACACAUGCUCACUUGUCUCUCUCCCUGUCGCCCCCCUCUCCCCUUCCCUUCCCCCUAAGCAUAAAGAAAACAAAAACAAAGAAAGGACACUUUGGGAAUGUUGAAUUCUGCGAAUAUAGACUACCCCUCUUCUGUACCCAAACUUAAAAAGAGUAGGAGAAAAGAAUAUCAAAAGGCAGAAAAAGAUGUGAGGCUCUGAUUGCGGCUGCUGCAAUUUUUGUUUGUUCUUAAUUCUGUGCAAUUGUAAGUAAAUGUUUUUUAUCUGAACUUUCAUUGAGAAACAUCAAUAUAAUGUUGUCUACCAAUGCCAUUUUUUUUU